CUGACUGGUAGGCCUUGAAAGCUGAUAGUCUCUUCCUUAUAUACAAUUCACAAUGUAGAUAAUAGAUCAACAUUAUCGGUAACCCAGUUGAAAAAAUGGGUUCCCAAAAACUUCAAUGUGCUCUUCUUUUCUUUAUCUUUGCUACACUAUGUUGCCUCUCUUCUAGUUCCAGUUCCAAUCUCCCUAGUGAGUACUCCAUUGUUGGACGCGAUUUUGAUGAGCUUGUUUCGGAAGAAAGAGUCAUCGAGUUGUUUCAACGAUGGAAAGCGAAGCAUCGGAAAGUGUACAAGCACGCAGAAGAGGCAGAGAAAAGAUUCAAGAAUUUUAAGAAUAACUUGAAGUAUGUUAUUGAAAAGAAUGCAAAGAAAAAAUCAGGUAAGGGACAUGCUGUGGGGUUGAACAAGUUUGCGGAUUUGAGCAACGAGGAGUUCAGAGAAAAAUAUUUGAGGAAGAUUAAAAAGCCUGUAGGAAAAGCGUUUGGCAAUGUGAAGAGUCGUAUGAAUAAGAAGGUGGAAUCAUGUGAUGCACCAUCAAGCUUGGAUUGGAGGAAGAGGGGAGUUGUGACUCCUGUUAAGAACCAAGGCGACUGUGGAAGUUGUUGGGCAUUUUCUUCAACUGGAGCCAUUGAAGGAAUAAAUGCCAUAGUCACCAGUGACCUCAUUAGCCUUUCAGAACAAGAACUUGUGGACUGUGAUACCACCAACGAUGGAUGUGAAGGAGGCUAUAUGGAUUAUGCAUUUGAAUGGGUUAUAAGCAAUGGUGGGAUCGAUACAGAAGCUGAUUAUCCUUACACUGGUGUGGAUGGUACUUGCAAUACCACCAAGGAGGAAACCAAAGCGGUAUCUAUUGAUGGUUACACAGAUGUAGCAGAAUCAGAUAGUGCUCUAUUGUGUGCUACCGUUCAGCAACCAAUUAGUGUUGGUAUGGAUGGCUCUGCUAUUGAUUUUCAACUAUAUACAAGUGGUAUCUAUGCUGGUGACUGCUCAGACGAUCCAGAUGAGAUUGAUCAUGCAGUUUUGAUUGUUGGUUAUGGUUCUGAAGAUGAUGAAGAUUAUUGGAUUGUAAAGAAUUCUUGGGGAACAAGUUGGGGAAUGGACGGAUAUUUCUACCUUAAAAGGAACACAGACUUAGAAUAUGGUGAAUGUGCGGUCAAUGCAAUGGCCUCUUAUCCGACCAAAGAAUCAUCUGCACCAGCUCCCUCUUCACCACCGCCACCUCCUUCACCACCGCCACCACCAUCACCGCCACCGCCACCACCACCUCCACCAUCCCCACCACCUCCCUCGCCUUCACCAAGUGAAUGUGGGGACUUCUCAUAUUGCCCAAGUGAUGAGACAUGUUGUUGCCUAUAUGAAUUCUUUGAUUACUGCCUGAUCUAUGGCUGUUGUUCAUAUGAAAAUGCUGUGUGCUGUACUGGAACUGAGUACUGCUGCCCCAGUGAUUAUCCUAUUUGCGAUGUGGAAGAAGGGCUCUGCCUCAAGAGUUCCGGAGAUUACCUGGGAAUAGCAGCAAAGAAGAAAAAGAUGGCUAAGCACAAGCUCCCAUGGACUAAAUAUGAGGAAGCAGAGAAGAGGAAGAUAUACGAACCUCUCCAGUGGAAGAGGAACCAGUUCGCUGCAAUGCGCUAAAUGAGUGAACAACAUUUUUAGUCUCUUUGAAGUUUGAUGGUUGUGUCACUCUUGCUAUUUCAUUUUUUUUUCCUCACAGGGACAUUCAUUCUCUGAGUCUGCAUUGGACAUAUGUUUUAAUGGAAAUUAAACGUAUGCAGCUGGCGAAACUGGAAAGAUAAAAGGGGAAAGAGUUGUUUCUUUAGCUUGUUUAUUGGAAUUUCCAUUUGGUAUAACUAUGUUUCAUUUAGAUGUCCUGGCUUGUAAGAUUGUUCAAAUGCAAGCCAUCUCAGCAUUGUUUUUCAGACUGUAAUAUACUUAUGGGGUUUACAAUAAGUGACCUGUUCUGCAUUUUAGUU